UAGCAGUCAACAUCCUGCAGUAGAGAGAGGCGUGGAACGCAAAGAGUCGCGGUUUAUUUUACAGAAACAUUCUAUUGAACGUACUCCGGAUUCUAUAUUUCAGGCCCUGCAAUCUGUCGUUUUUUCAGGAUCCAAGUCUGAUAUCCGCGACAUACGCUUGUGGAAGUGCGUCAUGCCUCGAACAAAAGAGAUUUCUGAACACCUCCGCCAAACUGUUAUUGAUGCUCACCAGGCUGGGAAAGGCUACAAAACUAUUUCUAAAGAGUUGGAACUCCACCGCUCCACUGUCAGGCAUAUUGUGCACAAAUGGAGGCAAUUCCAUACCGUUGUUUCCCGCCCCAGGAGUGGACGGCCAACAAAGAUCACACCAAAAGCAAGACAAGUAAUACUCCAGGAAAUCGUAAAGGACCCAGGGCUAACAUCUAAGGAACUAAAGGCCUCUCUUGCAUUGGCCAAUGUCAAUGUUCAUGACUCCACCAUCAGGAGAACACUGACCAACAUUCGUAUGCAUGGCUGCGUUGCAAAGAGAAAGAAGCUACCACCCAAAAGGAACAUUGUUCCCUGUCUACAAUUUGCCGAAAACCAUGUGGAUACGUCAGAAGUCUGUUGGAAGAGAGUUCUGAGGGCGGAUGAGACCAAAAGAAAGCAAUUCAAAUUCCUUGAAGCUGAAGUGCAGGAAUAAUGAACAGUUACCCGAAGGGUUUAGUACAGGGGUGGGCAAACUACGGCCCGCGGGCCACAUCCGGCCCCUUUGCCUUUUUAAUCCGGCCCGCCGACGACGCCAAGUCUCAUCACGCGAGACUUGGUGUCAUUGGCGUGCCGGAAUUAAAGAGACAAAGGGGGCCCGCCCUGGCCCGGUCCGGCCCGGGGGUGAAUAAAUGUGGCCCGUGAGCCAAAAAGUUUGCUCACCCCUGGUUUAGUAGAAGUAAUUGCUGCCCGAUAGAGGGCUAUAUGUAUAUGCAGCACUGUAUGAUUUUGCAAAAUAUUUUUUUUAAGAGCAUAAGUUGUACAUAAAUGUCUUUUUUAUACUCUGCAACCUAAAGAUAUUUAAAGGAGACAUAUCCUAUAAAAAUUAUGAAUACUUAUAUUGUGCUAAAAAAAUUGUGUUUCUGACUGAUUUAUUGAGAAAUUCGCCCAAAACCCCACUAGCCCCGCCCAACUAUUCCACUUCCUGCUGGCUGAAUUCUCUGGAUGAGCUGGGGAGCCGGCGACCCUCCGUAUCCUGCACUGUAGGAUAGGAACCAAUCAGCAGCUAGGCUGACCUGAUAGGGAACUGAAGCCUGUCUGUGCUUGUGUGACUGCAGGGCUGUGAUUGGCUCUCCCCCUCCUACUGUGCUUCUGGCAGGGACCGUUAGGACACGCCCACUCUUCAUUUCACACUGGACGGAGAAGUGAUAGGAUCUAUAGGGAGCUCCAAUAAAGGGGCCAUUUUUACAGAGAGGAUUAAUAUUUAGCCCAAAGUGAAACCAGCACCGUAUAUUAUUCAUAAUUGCCUACAAAAUAAGCGUUUUUCCCAUUUAUCCAAUAUGUCUCCUUUAAGGUUAGGUUUAAAUUGAGCUAUAAUAUGUAUGCCUCUUGCAUAUGGAGUCAUCUUACCUCCAUGUACUCUUUUAGCACACUUCUGUGUAUUUGCUAGUAAAAAAAAUAUCUGCAUCUAUGUAUAUGGUUUUUUAUCUUCAGUAUUUACGCAGAUGUCAACUGGUGCUAAUUGCCAACUGCAGGCAUUUUUUGGGACUUUUAUUUCAUUUGAUCAUCAAAAGUGAAAAGGACCUUGGUCUCUGUAUAUAAUCAUUCUGCAUCAUGUAUUUAUAUGCAAAAUGGGGGAUGGGUUUUGGUCUAGGAGAAUUACAGCAUGGUCUGGGAAAAAUGGGAAGUGUUUAACUGUAAAAUAAUAAACUGGUUAUAUUUGUUGGU